CCAUGGACGAAGCCCUCGCCGGCGACCACGCGCUUAAGAAGGCGUUCCGUACGGAAGUGCACAACUCGAUCAAGGGCCGCGAGUUCUACAUUGCCUCGCCUAAGAAUUACCGGGGGGUCGACGGGAUCUACGAAUACGGCCCGAUCGGCAGAGCCAUCGAGUCGAAAGUCUUGGGGUUCUGGCAUGAGCAUUUUGCUCUAGAGGAGGGCAUGUCGGUGGUUUCCCGCCCUUAUAGCCCUCCGAAGAUUCUCCUUAAAGGGUCGGAGCAUCUGGACAAAUGUACUGUUCCUGUGAUGAUGGAUGAUGAAACUAGGAAUUGCUAUCGAGCUGACCAUGUGCUCAAUGGUGUUUUCAAAUGAGAUGAUCCACCAAAAGAAUUCGAUCAUUUGUCCAGAGAAGGCUAAGGAAGUCCAGCGAGUACUCGAGA